AUGUCCAACUCCAAGCUCUCCUCAUCCCUCAAGUCACUCAUCUCCUCCCCUCUCUACCCGGCCGCACGCGCUGCCGCAGGGACACCUCGCCCUGCAGGUCGCUCUGCCUCUCCUGCCCCACCACCGGCAACCCAAGCUCUUUCUGAUUGCCUGCGCCGCGUAGCAGGCCAAGCUGAGGAGCGUGGACUUGGAUGGGGGGAAUGGCUCACCAUCACUACAGCCACGAUGGUCACGCUCAAUUCUCCGCAUUCUCUCGCCCAUCUGCACCGUUUCGCUUCCCCGCCUAGUGGGCUCAAUUUGGAGCAGAGAGUCGAGCGCAGCUUGCUUAUGAGGGAGGUCGGGCUCAAGUGUAUUGGAUUCAUUGGAAUUCCCAAGGUCAUUAACAACCUCGCCGCCCUCCGCAAGGCAGUAGACGAAGACCACGACCUUUCCGCUUCUCUCCCUACAGAGCCACGUCGCAAGAUCGGACCCAAUGACGUAGGACCAGUACAGAAAGCAGCACGAGCAUUGUGGGACGACAUCUACGAGCCGCACGCGGCCAAACUCAUCGAUGUUCUUGGAAGAUCACACCCGGAUAUGCCCGUCUUCAUCCUUGACGGCGAGUACGGCCCCUUGUUCUCGCCGCCGCAUAUGUUCAGGCAGCAAGGAUCAGUGGAGGUGCCCAGCUGGGAGGUCGGCCGUGUCCGUACCUCGCUGACAGCCUUAGCUGCCCUGCGGGCUCAGGGCGGCGUGGGCCCGCAGGUCACAUCGCAUGUGUAUGGACUCAUCAAGGGGGCGGCUUCGAUUGUCAAGGGGGAUCCACAUGAGCAGGGACUGCGAUGGUUGACCACUCAGGAGGGGGCGAGCUGGGUGCUGGAGACUGUCAGCGAUCUCAGUGAGGUGGUCGAGGGAGGGGCGGGAGAGGAGCACGCGGCCAAGCCGAGGGAGAGCAAGCUGUGA